AGAGAUAAGGUUCCGGGGAAGAGGAAGCAGAAGCCAGCUGUUUUGCUAUUAUCAACUGUUGAUUGCACUGACUGUUUUGCAUUGUUCCCGUUCGGAGGGAGAAACAAAGAGAUGUGAAAAGACCCGCAGAACAUUCCAAGAACUCCGCCCAACAAGAUGCAUUCCGCCCAGGCGCAGGCUCAGGUCCGCGACAAGAUCUUCAAGAGCUGGUCGGGGAUCAGCGAGGUAACCAUCAUCAAGGAGGUGGCCACAAAGGGCGAGCACAUCGAUCUGUGCUUGGAGUACUGGGCGCGUAAGCGGAAGAUCCCCAUCUCGGAGUAUCGCCACUACUUCUACGAUGUGGUGCAGGCCUAUGUGCAGCGCCUGCUCUCCGAGAGACUUGUCUGCAAGGCGGAGGACGUGAUCCGGAAUGUGGACCGGGAUGUGAAGUGCUUCUUCUUUCAGUUCGCCUGCGAGUGCCAGGACGAGGAGUUGAGUGAGUUCGUCCUGGACCACCUGCGCAGUCGGGAGCCACUGAUGUACGAGCAGGAGGAGCCAGUGCUGGCCUAUCACUGGUCCUUGGUCCAGCAACUGCGGGAGUGUGGUGCCCUGGUGGCCAAGCACCAGAUGCAGCUGCCCCGUGUCCACAUAGAAGCCCUGAUGACCCUGCCCGAGGAGGCCCUGCAGUUGCUCCUCGUCGAACUGUACUUCGCCAAUGGCAAUGAAUCUCUGCUGGGAUCCCUCUCCAAGGAACUGGUCUGGCAGCACCUGGUCGAUAGCAACCAACAGACGAAGCUCCAACGUUGGUGCCGUUGCCAGGAGGAGGGUGUGGAAGCCCACGAAACGCUCCAGCCAUUGGAGCAGGCUUUUGCCGCCUGGAAGAUAGAUGACAACAUGUACGAGUACGCCCUGGAGCAACUGCAGCAGCCCAGCGAAGUGCUGCGAAACUUCUUUGCCCGCGCCGGCUACUUUUUCUCCGAUGAAUCCGGCGAUAUUCCCACGCUGCUGCGUCGCCUGUGCACCAUGGAGUGUCUGGGCAAGCAUGCGGAUCUGCUCAGCCGCCAGCCCCUGGCCAAAUAUCUGCUAGAUCGUGGUCAUCACUCGCUGCUCCUCAUGGAAUGUGUGCCCGUUGCCUCGCUGGAGCAGCUGGCGAGCACUGAGACCCAUCAGGAGGCCCUGAUCAAUCUAAUAGUCGAUCUGAAAACCAAUUCCCUAACCGAGAAUGAGGGAUUCGAGCUGAUUUCCAAGAGCGUUCAGGCGUACUUGGAGAAAACACACGACACCGCAGACUCCUUUGAAGGGCACCCCUUGCUCACCUUCUACGAUUUUCUGGGUCAGGAGCCAACCGUACGCUCGCUGGAGGGUUUUCUUACUAGCACCAGCUUGGGUCGAGUGCCGUAUCUCAAAUCGCUGACAGCUCGUUUCGAUCACGGACCGACGAGCAGCAGUUUCGGCCUGCCCACGGCUCACGAUCUCUUUCUGAAGUUUAAGCAGGUCAACCUGCCGCUCCUGGCCACCGUUGGACAUGGUGAACUGGUUAGCUUCUCGAAUGCACGCCUCUGUCAGCGUUAUGCCAGGAAAUCUCAGCUAAAUUACACCCACUAUCUGAAGCAGCAGAGGAGCGCCUAUGCCGUUUACUACCUGAUCACAGAGCAACUUCAGCUAUACGGACAGAUCACGAAGACGCAGCUCUUCCACGCCUGUGAGACGGUCACCCAGAUGGCAUUGCAGCACACUGGCGACGAGGAGCUGGUCACCCAUUGCGUGGCCUGCUGCGAGAUGCUGGGCUUUGAUACCCAGCCACUGAGAAGCUUCCUCCUGCUCCAGCGAAAGCUGCCCAAGCGAAAGAGCGGAGAAAGUUACUCGGAAUUGCUGGCCGGAUGGGAUCGGGAUUUAGUCCAGCAACUGGAGGCGAAUCCCAGGGAAUUUCCUUUGGAACUCUAUCAAUCCCUAAUGCGGCUGGCUGUGAGGGACACUCCAGGAAAACUUCCAGUGGCGUUGCUCGAACACUAUGCCUCCAGAAACGACUGGUGGCACUUGCUGCUCAUCUUCCAGUACUUCGAUCUUCCAUUGAGUGAGCUAAAGAAGCUCUUGCCGCACUUCAAGUGCCCUCCACUCGGUGUCCAUCUACUGCGCGCACUAAGUUACGAAUCCUCCGGCGAUCGCCAUUACAAAAGGGGCUUCCAAAGACCGCCUCGUCGAAGUGGGGAAACCCAAACGAACUCGUCCCAGGAAACGAUGACCAACUCUUCGCACAGUUCGAAUCAGGAUUCCAGUAUGCAGCAGCUUCAGAGAAACACGGAUCAGUCGCUGUGCACUCUGCUAACUCACACCGCUCGACAGGAUCUCUUUGCCAUUAUACUGUGCAGUACCAACAGUCAGCCAGAUGAGCUGAUUCCGACCACAGCAAAGUUCUUGGAGAUGAUGAUGGGAAAUAUUCCGUACUGCAGUAGCAUUAAUCUCCUGAGGCACUGCAUUCGACAAGAACUGCCGGUCCUGGCUGUGCUGGCCGCCACACUGAGCGAACAGAACCGCGAUUGGUGCUGGCUCGUUUGGCUGUCGGUGGCCAGCGGUCAGUGGAGCCAUCAGCUGCAGGAGGCCGCCAAGGUGCGCGAGGAUAAUCGAUCGGAGUGGGUGUGGUCAGUUAUCCGAGAAGCUGUCGCUGGUGGACAUGUGAAUGCUCUUCUACACAGCUUCGAAAUCUUUCAACCUGACUGCAAGUUCACACAUCUGUGCCGCUUCCUGCAGCUGACAGCCCACCAGGAGGAUUUCAGCGAUGCCACAAUCGUGGAGCUACGUCAGUUCUUUUUCAGCUGGAGCCAGGACGCAGUAACUCUACCCCUUUGUGGUCCCCUGUCCCGAAAGCAAGUGAUGCAUCGCUCUCUUGGUCUUCUGCUCACCCAACUACAGUCCAAUUUCGACUGCAUUCUGCAGCAGCAGCGAUUCCUCGACUGCAUCUGUCGCUCGGAUGUGGGUGACAUAUGUGAUCUGCUGGAUUUCUGUCUUCUGCAUAAGGUUUUCGGAGUGGCAGCCACCUGGCUGCGGAAACUGAGCAUUGAUCUGGAGCAGCUGGUGAGGAGGGAUAGCUCGGAGUACAGACGACUGGUCGAUGCCCUCACUGAGGCACGAGCUUAUGAGGAAGCCCUUCAGUUGGCCACCUUGCUGCAGCUGCCACUGAGUGAUAUUGUUUAUGGCAAAUGGAUGGCCGAGCUGGAGGCCGGAGAAAUAAGACCCCAUCAGGAGUAUGAGAAAGAGAUCCAACAGCAUGCUCUGGCACCCGCCAUUCUGGUUAACUUUCUGCUGCAGGCAGCCUCCUCCGUUGGCCAAGUGGCCAAUCUACGCCGAUAUGAGCUUCUUCAGAGCACGCUCGGCGUGAUCAAGCAACACCAUCUGUUCCCUAACGAAUCCUUUGAUCGCGAUCAGAUUGAGUACGACAUGGUUUUGUGCUACCUGCAACUGCCGGAGGAUCAGCUCUCUCUGAUAUCCAUCUACCACUCGGAGUACUAUGAGCAAAUCAUGCUCCAAGAGCGUUGUGUACUCUAUAAAUCAUUCUCGGAACUCAAGGAACUGGCGGGAAUCGAUGACCUUAGCAUAUCUGAUAAGACACAGCUAUCUUCGGAGAUGGAAACCAGACUCAAUACUUUAUUAAACACCCUACUGGACGAGGGCGACAUUGUGGAGGCACUGCGUCUUCAGGAGCUUUUUGAAUUCCGACCGAAUGACCUACGAUUUAUUGUGUUUGCGAUGGCAUUGGCCGAAGGCAUGACCAGCAUUAGUAAUCUGUCGAGCAAGGAACGCCAGCUGCUGGGUGAAAUCGAGAAGAGUGCCUUUCCAAAGUUCAAUCGGAUCACUCUUAACCAAAGUGUAAUGACUCGUUGGGACAGCGAUCUCUCCGACAGCUGUUCGGACAGUGUGGCGAUGGAGUUCGAGGAGAUUCCAUCCAAGGAGAAGCAGCAGACGCUGGACACAUUGCUGGGCAUUGGAUCAAAGUUGAAAUAUGGUGUGGAGCUGGGCAGGCGAAUUGUGCUUGCCUACAGGGCGGCCAUGUAUCUGGACAAGGAGUAUCUGGAUGUGCUGCGCACCAAGGAUGCUGGUAUCCUUUUGAAGAGCGCCGCUGCCGAGGAUUGCCUGCAGCGUCUGUUGGUGGUCAGUGAUAUACAAAUAUCCACACGGAUGACGCCUAAAGAAAUUGCCGAAUGCUUGGCCAUGGAGCUGACCACCUGCAUCGUACGACCCCGGUUCUACAUCUUCCAUGCCAGAGAGCAGCCAAGGAAUGCCCUAAGGAACGCUGAUCUCUGGGGCCACAGCAUCGAUAAGGAUUUCCACUUGUUCCUUGAUCUGGCUCCCAACUCAACCAUGUUGGGCAAUUGUCUGCUGGAGUACUGUGAUGCACUAAAGGCCUAUCGCCGCUACCAGAACGGCAAGGUUUUCGAGGAAACCGAAGCCUUUGAUAAUCUCUCUAAGAUAAUAACCCUUUAUGGAUUGCCCACGCCCACUCCUACGGGCACAUUAUCGGGAAUACCUCAGGUUUUGUCCCACAAAAAGCUGAAUCAAAUCUAUGUAGAGCUCUUGAUCAAGGCGCAUCUGUGUUUUGUUCACGAGUGCUCCAUGGAGGGCAUUGUGAGUGUCCUCCAGAGAGCGAAAGUCCUCAACGGACAACUGGCCCAAGCCAAAUCCUGGUCACUCAUUGUGCGGAUGCUGAUUGGCAUUGCUCGCUACCGCGAGAUGUUCUACUGCUUUGACUCACUGAUUGAAAACGAGCAGUUCGAAUCCUUGUUGGGGCAGUUCGAUGAGGAUCAGAAGGGCGGACUUCGGCAGGCCAUUCUCAGCUACCUAAGGGAAUAUCAACCAAAGAAUGGAAAGGAACUGCUGCGACUGGCGGCCCUGCACUUCCUUAUGUACAAGGAGCUGGCAGAGAUGUGGACCGAGGAAGCCCAGGAGUUGGUGGUUAAAAUUCAAACCAUUGCCGAGCAGUCAAACAAGCUAAAGUGCUCGCCGGAGGUUCAAACACUUUUGCAACAUGCCUUGGAAAAUUACACACACGCCACGGAGAACUAUCUGUUGGACAACAAGCUUCUGCUGGCCCAGCAGAGUGUUUCCCGGGCGGAGCUGAUGGCCAUGCAGCUGGAUCUCUUCAACAGGGCUUUGGAAAAGCGGCAAAUGUGUGUGAGCGUCAUUGGAGUGCGGUCAAGGGAACAGUUUCGGGAACUGGUCAACAACCAUUUAAGCGUACCACAGACACUGAUACUUAGUCGAGCCUAUGGCUACGACAUUAACUGGAGCGAGGCCAUCUUGUCCCAAUUUGUUGUGCUUCAGGUGGGGAACUAUCUGCAGGAGUAUCUGUGCCAUCAGCGCAUUAAUGACGAUGUGAUUGAGCAGGUGGUCAAGGGCUACUUGCUGUUAAGCGAGAGCAAUGCCACAAAGAAUAAACAGGAGAAGUCACUGGCGCAGCUGGUGGAACUCAUCAAAUCGGUGACCCUCAAAUACAAAUUGGCUUCUAUUUUGGGACUCAAGUCCAUCGUGAUGUCGCUGAUCAACGAUUCCCCAGUUUACUAUCUACGAGACACUAAUUUCGGUCGCAGCGAAUUCCACACAGAAGCGGACACGUGACAUAUAUACCAUUGUGAUUUUAAACUGUUUUUAUACAACAACAUUAUUACUGAAUACGUUAUUAAAAAUACACAUUUACAAAUAA